UGUUACCAUUGUUAACGUGCAGGCCGUGGACUCUAUUUCCCGCCAUUAGCCUACUCUCUCCAUAAAACGUUUCGCUGCCAAUUGACACGACCGUUACGAGUUUUUUGCACUCUUCUCUAAACUCAAUCUCUUAUGUGGAACAUCUCCCCUUUUCGUUCUUGAAACGACAAUGAAGCUCCGUUCUGGUAAAAGAAUCUCCAAACCCUCGACUGAUGGCAAUGAGCAAGGGGAACAUGAUUUCUCUAGUGAAGCUGACGACAAUAACCCAAAUGGUAGCGGCUCUGAUUUGUAUUAUUUGUAUGGGCCGUCUUCAGAUUCUGAUGAUGACAGCUCCCGUAAUAAAUUUGUAGGUGAAAUUGUUGAAGAUAUAGAGAUUUUAGGCAAAAAACGGAAAGCAGAAGCCCAAAUCUGCAUUGACGUUGAUGAUCGCGAAGAUAGUUUUCUUGCUUCUAUGAGUGCUAGGAAUCUUCACUUUUCUGAUUUUGCAGAGCCAUCUGCUAAAGCAAAUGUGACAGAAAUGGAGUCCAAAAAUGAACCACCACCUGCUCAGCCACCAAGAGCAGCUGAUAUUGAAGUUAAUGCAGAGAAAAAGAAGAGAGUGUAUAGGUCAAAUAGGAAGAGGGAUAAAGUUAGGUCAAGGCCAAUGUGGGAAAUUUUGGAAGAAGAGCAUGAUGAAUGGAUUGAUGAACAUAUAACAGAAGAUAUUGAUUUGGAUCAACAACGUUUUAUUGUUAAUGAAACAGCUGAGCCUCCAGCAGAGUUGAUUAUGCCUUUGUUAAGAUACCAAAAGGAAUGGUUGGCCUGGGCUUUGAAGCAGGAGGAGUCAGAGACCAAGGGGGGAAUUCUUGCUGAUGAGAUGGGAAUGGGGAAGACCAUUCAAGCAAUUGCCCUGGUGCUUGCGAAAAGAGAAAUGCUGUGGAAGACCCAGGAAUCCAAUGGAUCCACACUGUUAGCUGGUUCCUCCAUUGAUUUGAGUGGAACCAAACCCACCCUUGUAGUCUGUCCUGUGGUUGCAGUGAGCCAGUGGGUAAGUGAGAUUGAUCGUUUUACAACAACGGGAAGCACCAAGGUUCUGGUUUAUCAUGGAGCCAAUAGAAGGAAGAGUUCUAAAAGGUUCUCAGGUUAUGAUUUUGUUAUAACUACGUAUGGUACUGUUGAGGCUGAAUUCAGAAAAUACAUGAUGCCACCUAAGAAAAAGUGUGCUUACUGUGGGAAGUUGUUCUAUGAGAAGAAGCUCAGUGUUCACCUGAAAUAUUAUUGUGGGCCUAAUUCUUCCAGAAGUGCAAAGCAGUCUAAGCAAGACAGGAAAAAGCUCAAUACUGCACCAUUAGCCUCUAUGCAUGUAAUAGAAUCUCGUAUAGAUGAAAGUCAUGGAUUUCAGGAUGAUGUAAUGAAGGGAGCUUGGAAAAGGAAACAGCAUGGUGAAGAAAAUAAUAUUGAGGCUAUGGAGAAUUGGGAAGUUAAACAAGCUUUGCAUAAAGAGAAAUCACUUCUAUACUCAGUGAAGUGGGAUCGCAUUAUUUUGGAUGAGGCUCAUUAUGUGAAAGAUAGAAGUUCUAAUACUGCAAAAGCCAUUUUUGCUUUAGAAUCAUCAUAUAAAUGGGCUCUCACUGGUACUCCCAUUCAAAAUCGUGUUGGAGAACUUUAUUCUCUGGUACGCUUCCUGCAAGUAGUCCCAUACUCUUAUUACGUGUGUAAGGCUUGUGAUUGCCUAACCCUUGAUUAUAGGCCAUCAGCGCAAUGCUCCAGAUGCCCUCACAAUUAUCGGAGACACUUUUCUUGGUGGAAUAAAUACAUUUCUAAACCAAUAAAAUAUUAUGGCGGUGAUUUAGCAAGAAGAGCAAUGAUAUUGCUCAAACAUAAGGUUUUGGGAAACAUAAUACUUAGACGCACCAAAGAAGGCAGGGCAGCUGAUCUUGCUCUUCCUCCUAGGAUGGUUAUGUUGAGGCGCGAUACUCUGGAUGUUAAAGAAGAAGAUUAUUAUCAGUCAUUAUGUAAUGAAAGCCGGGCACAAUUUAAUACAUAUGUUGAGGCUGGAACUGUGAUGAAUAACUAUGCACACAUAUUUGAACUUAUCACUCGCUUGCGGCAGGCAGUCAAUCAUCCUUACCUAAUAGUAUACUCUAAAACUGCAAUACAAAAAGGAGGAAACUUGUUUGAUGCUCACAAUGGCCAACAAGAUUGUGGCAUUUGCCAUGAUUCAGUUAAAGAUCGCGUGGUUACCACCUGUCACCAUGUCUUUUGUAAGGCCUGCCUAGAUGAUUUCUCUACUUCCUUGGGACAUGUCUUAUGCCCUAUGUGUUCUAGUUUAAUUACUCUUGAUUUGAUUGGAAAUCUGGAUGGUGGAGAUCAGACUGCUAAAACAACCAUUGAGGGAUUUAAAUCUUCUAGCAUUCUCAACAGCAUCCAGCUAAAUGAUUUUCAGACAAGCACAAAGAUAGAAGCUUUGAGGGAAGAAAUUAGAUUUAUGGUUGAAAGGGAUGGUUCAGCAAAGGGAAUUGUUUUUAGCCAGUUCACUUCAUUCUUGGAUCUCAUAAGCUACUCUCUCCAUAAGUCUGGUAUAAAUUGUGGUCAAUUGGUGGGAAGCAUGUCUUUGCCUGCAAGAGAUGCUGCUAUCAAGAAAUUUACCGAGGAUCCAGAUUGCAAGAUAUUGUUAAUGAGUUUGAAAGCUGGAGGCGUUGCCCUCAAUCUGACAGUAGCAUCGCAUGUUUUCUUGAUGGAUCCUUGGUGGAACCCAGCCGUGGAGCGGCAAGCACAAGAUAGAGUCCAUCGGAUAGGGCAAAACAAACCAAUCAGAAUUGUGAGGUUUAUUAUUGAGAACACAAUUGAGGAGAAGAUUUUGGAGCUACAAGGAAAAAAGGAGCUAGCGAUUGAAGGGACUGUUGGUGAUGGGUCUUUAGAUGCCCUGGCAAAAUUAACAAUGGAAGAUCUGCAUUUCUUAUUCAACACUUGAACAUGAGACAGCAUCCGCUCCCAUAGUUGCUCUUAAUUUUGUCACUGAUCAAAUUAGGAAAUUGCACACAUCCGCUUAUUAUGUUAUAGUUGUUCUUUUUUAGUAUAUAUGCCCCCUACUCUUAAUCUGGGCAGUUAGUAAAAAUUU